UCAGAAGAGGAUGCUGCCCUUCUUAGCUCAGAGAACGGCACUCGGCCAAGCUCUGUUGAACCUGCUCCUGUAUCUGAGCAUUUUCAUCCCAUUCUUGGCACUGGCUUGGACACUUUAUUACCAUGUCACCAGGACCCACAUACCUCCAGGAAUCAGCCAGGGUGCAAAACUACAUGUUAUGACUCUUUUUGGGAAUCUUAUGUUUGGGCUGGCACUGUUUCUGGAGAAAGUUGGCAUCUGCCAUAAGUAUGUCAUCUGGAGGCUUGCGAUGAAUGGAAUACCACCUAGGGAGGACUCAAAGUUGAUCAUCAAGGAUCUGCUUUUUGAUGGGAUUCCAGUAAGAAUAUAUUGGCCUAAGGCAUCACCUGCUAGAAACAGGAGAGGAAUGCUCUAUCUCCAUGGAGGAGCUGGCUUAUUUGGAAGCAUCCGAACAUAUGAAAGGGUGUGCCGUUACAUCGCCCGAGAGAGUGACACCGUAGUUGUGAGUGUUGAGCUGUGCCUCACCACCACUGAUAAAGGCCUCCAAGUCAUCCCAAUUGCAGCUGUUCCUGGAGGAGCCAAAUGGAUGUGACAGAGCACCAUUUCCCCACCCGAACGGCCAUAAUAUAAAGGCGGGGAAGCUUUUUUCAGCUCGAGGGCCACAUUUCUUUCUGGGCAACUUUCUGAGGGCCACAUGCCAGUGGUGGGCAGGGCCAGAGGCAAAAGUGGGCAGAGCAACAAAUGUCAAUGUUAACUUUGUACAGUAGGCUAGUUUCGAUACACACACACAUACACACACUCUCUAUCCAGGGAAAGCAAGAGGCAUUCGAAUGCCAAGGGCCCAUUCUAGCCAGGAAAAACACUUGAGCUGCAGGGCCGGUGAGGGCCGGUGAGGGGUGUGGCCCUCAGUGGAAAGUUCUGAGGGCCAGAUAGAGAGGCCGGGAGGGCCACAUCCAGUUCCCAGACUGGAGGUUCCCCACUCCUUAGAUUGACAAAGUGUAACAUUGAAAGAGGAAGCACUUUGCCCACUUGAGACGCUGCACCAAUUCACAUAGGACAGGCCUGGCUCCAGGGUUUGGGGAGAGGGAGUUCCAAAGCCCGUCGCAUGGUCCUCUGCAAGCUCAGACAAUCAGCUGCAACCCUCCCCCCU